CUAUUUUGUGAGCAAGCGUACUAAAAAUAAAAAUUUUCCUCCCAUUAAUUUUUUUUUACAUCACCAUGUUCCUUGAGGGGCUCCGUAAGAAGUUCCCCACAUAGACUUUGCUCAUGUUUAAAUUGGCCAUACAAAUUUAGCACGUUGACAAAGAAAAUUGUUUGGUUUUAAGGUGCCUAAUGUGUGAGUGGUGCUCCAUGCAUUGUUAAACUUUUAACAAAAGACAUUUUGCAGCACCUUAAGAAUAUACUUUUUUCUUUUUCCUUUAACCUUUUUUUCAGGAAUUUUGGAAAAUAUAUCCUAAAAAUAUAUUUAUGGCACAAUUACGUUAGAUUUAACAAUUCUCAAUGGUUAACCCAGAAAAUACCAAAUUUUUCCUACAGCCACAGAAUGUAACCAUUGAUGGUCACACGUAAGAGACUUCUUUUUUCUUUCCAGCCAUUAAAAAUCUAAAUGCUGUUAGUCAUGAGAGUACGAGACAGCUGCUUCUAUAAAUAACUAACCCCCUCUUGACUAUCCCCCUCAUGCUCUCGCUCAGCACUCUUCUGUUCUUGGCUUGACGCACAUCUAUAUGUUGGUUGAAAGAGGGCAGAAGAAACACUCCACGUCUCCUAAAGGCUGACAGCUCCAAGAAGACUCCCGAUCAGGGAGAGCUGACAAACACAGCCAUGAAGAGCUUGAAGUUCCUAGCAGCCGAGGGCUUUGUUCAAACCGGCCCAAAUGCAUGUAAGAACCUCCACUGCUUGUCAUACAAUCUCUACCCAAUCCUCUUCAAAGCCAGCUAUCUGCGUGAAGAGGCCUCAAUGCUCCACGACUUGGUCCAGACGUGGGCUCUGAAAGAGCUCAACUUGCGCAAACUAUUGGGCAGGACAGUGGACUGUCCAGACGAUCUCACGUCUCGCACCUGCAGGCUCUGUCUGGAGGCCAUUCUCACAGGUCUGAGGGACUAUGUGCUUCAAGCUCCAAGCACGUAUACAAAAAUGCUACGUGUGGUGGAUCUAAUUGGUCUGCAAGACAUAGAACACCAGGUCUGUCCCUGCAGACGGACUCUUGGCCGUUGGGCACGAACUGAACUACUUACCCGCAUGUGCUACGAGACUAUGGUGUCCAUGCAGGCCGGCCAAGCAGCACCAUCAGCGGUUGAUGUGGAGGUAGAUGUCCGCUUGGAUGCUUUUGUUACUGGUAGGAACUACGAGGUGGUGGCUCAGGCUCUGUUGCUGCGCAGACAUUGCCCGUUAAAGCUGCACUUCGUAGGCCUGCGUGUGGACUCGCUGAGCCUCAGGAACCUCUUUUACCUCCUGAAGCUGGUGGAAUCACAUGGCCUGCAGAAGCUGGAAGUGGUGCACAAUGUACAUCUGGAGGCUCCACACAUUGAGGUACUGCUCUCCCAGCUGAAGUUCCCUCAGCUGCGCUCGCUCACGUUUCCUGCUCAGGCUUUGAAUGUACACAGAUUGGCUCUGGAAGACGAAGGCCUCAUGGGAGUUCUGGGUGAGCUGAUGAGCAAACUGACUGAACUGAGAGAGCUCUAUCUGGGGUUCUCCACUCUUACAGGGCAUCUGAGGAAACUGCUGAGUCCACUGAACACUCCGCUGCAGUGUAUCGAGUUAGCGAACUGCAGUCUUAAUGCAGUGGACAUGGCCUACUUCGCCAACAGCCUGCACAGUGAGCACAUAGUAAAGCUGGACCUGAGUGGUCAUGAGGUAGCUGACCUGUUCCCCAACACCUUCCGGAAGCUUCUGCAUCGCUGUUGUGCCACACUCACUAGUGUGGGUCUGGAGGAGUGUGGACUGGAUGAUGACAAACUGGAUCUGCUCACCCUAGCACUGACACCCUGUCACAGGCUACAGGAAUUGAAGAUCCUGGGUAAUCCACUGAGCACAGCUGCUCUGCACCAUCUUUUUAAUAUGCUGGCUCUGGGUUUUCCUGCAUUGAGAUAUGUUGAGCUGCCCGUCCCUCGUGACUGUAAAAAAUAG